AUGAACGUUGAUGGGGACACCAAGACAGUGGCAAAAGCGUCGUCAUCAACUGCUCCUGAUUCUGCUGCUACUACUUCUACUGCAGCGAGCGGUAGUGACGACGAGACAUCGACCAAACGCGUAUAUUCAUGCUUAUGGAAGGAUUGUGGCCAAAAGUUUGAUGGGAUGCAGAAACUCAUCAGUCAUAUUGGUGAUUCUCAUGUUGGUAGUGGCAAGCCAACAUAUAGCUGCGAAUGGCAAGGAUGUGCUCGAAACCAAAAACCGUUUACGAAACGACACAAAAUGUACAAUCAUCUACGAACACACACGGGCGAGCGACCAUUUGAAUGUACGAAGCCAGGCUGCGAAAAGCGAUUCUCACGACCAGACUCGUUGACGACGCACAUCAAGACGCAUUCCAAUGUACGGCCGUUCAUUUGUGAAGCGAAGGGAUGCGGCAAAGCAUACUACCAUGCGCGUUCAUUGAAGAAACAUGAAAAAACUCACGAAAUAGCAUCCUCA